AUGCCUUCCGCGAAAUCCCGCCGCCCUGCUGGCCCGCGCCCCGACGACCGCGGCAGCGUGAUCGGCGGCGACGCGAGCUGUCUCUUCCUACUGACACUCGCAGCCGGUGUGACCCGGCUCUGGCGAAUCGACCUUCCCGCCACGCCGGUGUACGACGAGACGCAUGUGGGUCGCUUCCUCAACUGGCGCGCCGCUUCUGCCGUUCCCAAGCGCAGCCCAUCUAAUCCGCCAUCUCAAAUCCGACUCCUCGCGCGUCUGCCUCCAAGGUACCACCAGCGCGCCUACUUCUUCGACGUGCAUCCCCCGCUAGCAAAGCUCGCCAUGUACCGCGUCGCGCUCGCCCUGGGCUUCCGCGGCGCCGCCUCCUGUCCGUACGAGUCGACCGAGCCGUUUGCGGCCGAGUGCGACCUCGCGCCUCAGCGGCUGCUGCCGGCACUGUGCGGCACGGCGAUGGUGCCGGUCGCCUUUAUCACUGCGCGCGCCGCCGGGCUCUCGCGUGCGUCGAGCCUGCUCGCCGCCUACCUCGUGCUGAGCGACAACCUCUUCCUCGCCCUCUCGCGCCUCCACCUCAACGAUAUCAUCCUCGCCCUCCUCUGCAAGUACGGCGCGCCCCUCACCACCCUCGGCUGGCUCGGGCUGCAGAAUCUGCUCCUUCUCUGCCGGCUCGCCGCGCAGGGGCGAAGCGUCGCGGCGCUCCUCCGGCAGGCGGCGGCGCGCGGCGCGAUUCUGCUCGGGCUGCCGCUGGCGAUGCACGUGGCGAUGCUCCGCCUCCACCUCUCCCUGCUCCCCAACUCUGGCGACGGCGACGGCUACAUGUCCGAAGGCUUCCAGGCCACGCUCGCCGGCAACCCGCUCGCCGCUUCGCUUCCGCCUGGAGAGAGGCCCUCCUUCCUCGCGCUCGCGCUCGAGCACGCCGCCACCCAGUUCCGCUACAACCGCAACAUGGCCAUCCUCUUCCCGCGCGGCUCGCACGCCUUCGACUCGCGCUGGUACUCGUGGCCGCUCGCCGCGCGAGGCGUCCACUUCUCCCUCGACCGGCAGACCUUCCUCCUCUACUACGCGCCCGCCUACUACUUCGCCAUCCUGAUCGCCGCCGCCGGCUGGGACGCACUCGUCGUCCGCGCGCGCUCCGUGCCCCGCCGGGUCGGUUGGGCGCUCACCGCCGCCGCCGCCGCAUUCUUCGGCUCCUUCACCGCGCGUCUCUGGCGGCUCGCCGUCGGCGCGCCCGCCACUCCGCACGAGUGGCACGCGAUGCUCCGCCUUGCGUCGACAGAGUGCUGGGCGGAGCAGUGGCUCGGGGAGACGUGCUGGGCGAGCCAGACGUGA